AUUGACCAAGUCGCACCUGGCCAAUUUCAGGGCCUCUGAUUUUACUACUUCUAUACUACGGUACUCGUACUGUCAUAAUUGGCUCUUAAGCCAUACUUGUCUAAUUAUAGCCAUAAUAAGCCAUACUUACUACACUCUUCAAUAUCAAGUCAAUGAAUUUCUUGUAAAAACCUCUAUGAUUCCAUGCUGCAUGUUACAAUUAUGAAGAGUAUUGCAAAUUACAGAAGCAUUAUUCUUUUUUCUUGUAGUAUGAAUAACAAUACCUAGUGAAGGAGGAUACGAUGACACUGCAAGCUAGCAAGCAACGGUAGUGAUUGUCAUUUGAGUUCACUUAAUUCAUUUUACAAUAGAAUGAACUGCGUUAAAUGUGCAAUGAACUAAUCAGUAGAGUGAUGGUAGCUCAUCACCUGUAAAUUUUCCGACGUUUUGGAAUGAGCAACCGACGUCUUCCUCAAUUGUUCCUUGUAGGUCUACUAUUUGACGUUUUCAACUCAUGAUUCAUCCUUGUUCAAAUAAAUUUAAAAACCUCGACCAAACGAUUCUUCAGUUCUUCUCAUGAAAUAUUUCAUUCUUUAAAUGUCUCAAGCAGUGAUCAUUUCCAAAUAACUGACAGUAGAGCUUUAGAACGUAUCUCUGAUAACUACUCGCAGCUUAUUGUACCAAUGACAUUCUUCUAUUCAUUUAUCAUUCACAAUUGCAGCUCGCAAUAACGAACAAAAUCUUCUCAUCUACCUUCAUUUUGAAUUAUUCUGGCUGGUAAUUGAUUGGAGAAACAUCUAUCAAAAACCUACAUCCAUAUUCAUCCAAUCCAAUAAGACAUGGAAACUUUGUGUCGGCCCAAUCAAUCAGCGAAUUUAGGAUUCACUGAAAUCGUAUUUUGCAGUUUUUUCUGGUCUCUGUCGAAAUCAUUCUGUGAUAUAGGACGACGUGACCUCUAUCCUGAAGAUGAAACUCCACGUUUUGGUUCGGAGUUUGACUUCAUAGUGGUGGGCGCGGGAUCAGCCGGAUCAGUUGUGGCUGCGAGACUGAGCGAAGUUGACAAGUGGAAUGUCCUACUGAUUGAGGCUGGUGCUAAUCCAACUUUGGCAUCCAACAUUCCAGGAGCCGCCUUCAACAUUGAGGAUGAAAUGUAUUUCAACUAUUUUACGGAACCUGAAGCUGGAGUUUGUGAAGGAUUUAAAGGAAAGAGUUGCUAUUGGCCAAGGGGGAAAGCUCUAGGUGGAACAAGCUCAGUCAAUACAAUGCUCUACAUACGAGGCAAUAGGAAGGAUUAUGAUGGUUGGGAGAAAUUAGGAUGUCCCGGAUGGAAUUACAAAGAUGUACUUCCCUAUUUUAAAAAAGCAGAAAAUAUGACAAUUGAACGGUUGAGGAAUAGUUCUUAUCAUGGCACAAAAGGAUAUCUAUGUGUGGGUGAAAUGUACACGGAUGAUUACAAAGGUAUGAUCGAUUUGUUGUCUGCUUCAAUUGAUGAGCUUGGUUUGAAAAGGGUAGAAGACGUCAACGGGGAAUCACAGAUGGGAUUUACAAUGACUUCAGUCACUGUGUGCCGAGGGGAACGUAGCAAUGUAGCUAAAAGCUAUCUUUGGCCAGCAAAGAAAAGAAGUAAUUUGCACGUAAUGAAAAACGCUUUUGUAACUAAAGUUCUCAUUAAUAGAAAUAAACAAGUGUAUGGUGUUCAAGUUAGUAAAAAUGGUCGGUUAUUCAUCAUUAAAUCAAAAAAUGAAGUAAUUCUUUCUGCGGGUUCAAUAAAUAGCCCUCAAUUACUUAUGCUUUCUGGUAUAGGACCCAAAGACCAACUUCAAAAAUUGGGAAUCGAGAGUGUACAGAAUUUGAGAGUGGGUGAGAACUUGGAGGAUCACUUUAUAUUCUAUGGUUUAAUAUUUAAAUUUGAUAGUGUCAACAAGGCAGUUCCUCUGAAAGAAAAAGCAUUUCUUUACUUAACUAAUAGGACUGGUCCUUUAGCAUCCAUAAGAGCGUCAUCACUUAUUGGGUUUAUUAACACCAAGAACAAUGACAGUGACUGGCCGGAUAUACAGGUGCAUAAUUUAUACUUUCAUCAAAAUGAUGCAUUUGGUAUCAAGUCGAUUUUCUCAAGGACAGGAAUCGAUGACGGUUUUGUGCAGUACAUUGUUGAGGAAAACAAGAAUAAAGAUCUACUGUUGAUGAUGCCUAUACUACUGCAGCCAGAAGGGAAAGGCAGAUUACUGUUGAAAAAUACCAAUCCAUUUAAUUCCCCUAAACUUUAUUCAGGUUACAUGAAAGAGCAAGCUGAUAUUUCCACUAUGAUAAGAGCAAUUUUAUAUUUGAAAAGAUUGUGUUAUACAAAUGCAAUGAAGAAGUUUAAUGCAACACUCCUUAACAUCAGAUUUGAAAAAUGUGCCAAUUAUACAUUCGACACAGACGAUUACUGGGUUUGUGCAUUAUCUCAAGUUGGAGGAAGUAUCUAUCAUCAAGUGGGCACCUGCAGAAUGGGUGCCGCCAACAAUCCUUCAGCAGUCGUUGAUCCCAGAUUAAAGGUUUAUGGUAUAAGAGGUUUGAGAGUAAUAGAUGCUUCAGUUUUUCCUAGGGUGACCAGUGGAAACACCAAUGCACCUACUAUUAUGGUCGCUGAAAAAGGAUCUGAUUUUAUUAAAGAAGACUGGAUUUCUAAGAAUAAUAUUCCAUACCGUGCUUUUAAUGUUCAAUAAUCUAAUUUUCCACCACAGAUUCAACUCCUCAGUAUGAUGGAAUAUUACCAAUCUACCUCGAAAUACUUGUCAAAAUCACUGAAAUGUUUACCUGUAGUUUGAUUAAACAUAUCAUUUUUUGAAUACUUUUGUUUCAAUGAAUCAUUUAAUUUUUAUGUUUUAAUUUGUAACCUUCAUCUCCAUUCCUGUAAGUUAUAUAGAGUAUUCUAAACGUUAGCUCUAGCAAUACUGAUUUUCCAUUUUUUAUAAUAUAAGGGCAAACAUGACAGAGACUCAACUGCUCAAAUCAAUGAACUUGAAUUUCAAUCUAUCAUUUCAUCAAAAAUCCAUAAGACGACUCUUAUUAUAUCUUCCCAAUCUCAAUUACUCAAUUACUCAAUUGAGUACCGCGUACUCCUUUUGUUUGAAAUUUUAUUUCUCAUACGAAGUGGAAUGGCUACAUUAGUAAUUAUAUUUGUUUUGUUUUAGAUACUUAUCAAUUUAAUUAUUAUAACCCGUAUUAUUGUAUAAAUCUCAAACUAUUUUUAUCUUUCUGGUUCCUCAUUGAAGUAGCAGUUACAGAUUGGA